AUGAAAUCACUUCAGUUUUUGGUGAUUUUGGCCUUGGCUCACUUGGUGAGAUCGAUCAACCCCAUUGAGGUCAAAGGCAAUGCAUUUUGGGAUUCGCAAACGGGUUCCAGGUUCUAUAUCAGAGGAGUCGAUUAUCAGCCCGGUGGCUCGUCGGAAUUGGAAGACCCCUUAGCCGACACUAGUGUUUGCGAGCGAGACAUUCCCUAUUUCCAAGAAUUGGGCAUCAAUACCGUCAGGGUUUAUUCGAUUGAUAAUACCCGGGAUCACGAUGAGUGUAUGGAUAAGUUGGCGCAAGCUGGCAUCUAUGUCAUUUUGGACGUCAAUACCCCGUAUUCUUCCAUCACGAGAUCCAACAGUAAUUGCUCAUAUAAUUCUGAUUAUUUAAACGAAGUCUUGGCCACGGUGCAGCAAUUUGCUGUUUAUGACAACACGUUGGGCUUUUUCGCUGGUAACGAAGUGAUUAACGAUGGUGGCUCGUUAGAGGCUGCGCCCUAUGUCAAAGCUGUUGUCCGGGAUAUGAAGACGUUUAUCAAGAAUCGAGGAUUGAGAACGAUCCCCGUGGGCUAUUCAGCUGCCAGUGUUGAUGAAUAUAGAUUGAGCACGGGAUUGUAUUUCAAUUGCGGAGACGACGAGUUGGCUCGUAUCGACAUGUACGGAAUCAACGAUUACUCAUGGUGUGGCGACGCCACGAUGCAAUCUUCACAGUAUCCUCAGAUCAUGAGUGACUUUGAAAACUACACCAUCCCCGUGUUUUUCAGCGAGUUUGGAUGCAACGCUCACCGCCCAAGACCAUUCACCGAGAUUGAAGUUAUCUACUCCGAAGACAUGUCGCUGGUUUUCUCAGGUGGACUAGUCUAUGAAUAUUCAGAAGAAGAAUCCAAUUAUGGAUUGGUGUCGUUAUCGGGAAACACACCGCAAACAAAUGACGAUUUCGACAAUUUGCAAAAGGAAUUCAACAAGACUGCUAACCCUAGGGGCGACGGUGGUGCCAAUAGCGACACCUCGAGUAGCGGCAACAAUUGCCCCGUCAAGUCAAGUCUCUGGAAUGUAACUGAAGAUAUCCCAGAUACCCCCGGUGGUGCCAUCAAGUACGUCAGAGGUUUGGCUGAGCCCAGUGGCCAUGGAUUCGACGCUCAUGUUCAGCAAAAUUGUGGCGGCAACAAUGACGUUGAUGAUUCCGACGAUUAUUCGCAUACAAUUGGUGCUUCGUCUCGUGCACCUGUUGCUGUUGCUACUAGCAGUGGUAAUGCAGCAGAUGCUGCCGCGAGCUCAUCAACAGGUGCUUCUGCCACUACUUCCAGCGGAUCAAGAUCAAAUGAAGGCCAUAAAGUCAACGCGGGAAUCAUGGGAUUAAUUGCCUUGAUUGGUGGAUUUGCAAUGAUUUGA